GCAUAAUCUCAUCUUGAUCUUUCUAUGACCAUGGACGCUCGCGACGACGGAAUAUCUGCGAGCAAGGCGCUUCCCCCACCGCCUUUGCCGCAAGCUGUCAGUCCGCCGGGGCCUUCCUACGAGACAGCGACCCUCUCAGUAGGGGCACGUCUAGCUGUGUUCACUGCUCUCGCUCUCCCUGUCACACUACUUCCGUUCAUAACCUUACGCAGGCAGCUUCUAAGCUUACAUCGCAAGACUGACGAGAUCAGGGCCGCGACAAAUGUUCUUCAGAGGGAGCUGAAGGGUACACUUGUAGAAUUGUCGGUGAAGAAAGAGGAGCACUUGCGAAUGAAGGAGAUGCUUGAGGAAGCCCGACAGAAGCUGGAGGCUACCCGAAGAGAUACACACAGGCUACAGUUGUCUCGUUUAGCAGACGAGAAGGAAUAUCAACGACGGCUACAGGAGAUUAUGGAGUCUACGAGUUUCACGCAGUCACAGCUCGCACAUCUACGGGAGCUUGGUCCCUCACUCGCUGAUAUUGCGGCGUUCAUGCAGGAGGUGGAGAUCCAGCAGGGAUAUACGUCUCCGAGGAAGCAGGAUGGGAGAGGUAUUGAGCGGUUGAGGCGAGUCGCUCUUCAGCUGGAGGAGGUGAUCAAGGAUCCUGGACCAAAGGCCCACUAGCAAGUUCAACGAAACCACAAUGAUCGGGACAGGGGCUCGGUGGCGUACGCGUCGCCACACUAUUUUGCCUCCCAACUUGCCUGCCCCUUCAUCAUCUUUGACUAAACUAUCGUGGCGAUGGACUGUCUUGUUUGACAGUAAGGAUGUCGACAAAUAAUGAUGAGAAGGCACUAUAUCCUCCGCGAAGAAGCUUUCAUCAGCCAUUGUAACGGUUUCGUUUGCACAACUUCCCCCACUCACUUGGAAUGUACUCAAGAAUAUGACAAUAAUAAACGGCCUCCGUGCAUUUCUG